UGGGUCUACUGCGGCCUCUAAGGGACUUGCUGUACUCUCUUUAAUCACCAUGCCGGGCGCGCUGCACUCGCUCCUGCUCACCCUCGUCGCUGCUCUCGAUGUUGCUCUCGCACUCUCUUUAUCUCCGCGCAACACGACCGUGCAGUCGACCCAGCAGCUUCUCUCCGCCUACCAGCUACUGAACUUCACCGUCGGCGGCAGACUCGCCUCUGCAGUGCCGCUCGAGAAGCCCUGUUUCUCCUCUUACGAAGGCAAGCCCGUGGCAGCCAAUUCUGCCGCGUGCGCGGCCGUCCAGGCCAACUACACCGAUCCCACAUUCAGGGUCACGCAGUUUGGCGCGUACAUGCUCCCCCAAUGGGAGACCUGUCAAGCGCAGGCGUCGAACGGGUGCUUGCUGGAUUCUAAUGACCCGACCAAUCCUUUGGCGUUCCAGGGCGCGGAUUGUCGGUUGGGCAAUAUUCCCCCUCAUUAUAUUAAGGUCAAAUCUGCUUCGGACGUCCAGGCCGCGCUCGCGUUCUCGAGGUCUACAGGUAUACGUCUGUCGGUGAAGAACAAGGGUCACGACUACAAGGGCAGGUCCAGCGGCAAGGACACGCUCUCGCUGUGGACGACCGGCUUGAACUCGAUCUCCCAUAACGCGAAAUUCAAGCCCACAGGUUGCCAGGCGACUUACGACGCGAUCACGGUUGGCCCGGGUGUGCUGACGCAGGAUGUCUACGAGUUCGCGGACAGUGUGAACCGGACAGUUAUUGGCGGCUACCACCAGACGAUAGGCUUCGGCGGGGGCUACUUUUUGGGCGGCGGACACAGUAUCCUCAGCCCCGUGUACGGCCUUGCCGUCGACCGUGUUGUGCAAGUCAAAGUGGUCACACCCGACGGUGUCCUCCGUACCGCGAACGCGUGCCAGAACAGCGACCUGUUCUUCGCGCUCCGCGGCGGCGGAGGCAGCACGUUCGGCGUCGUCAUCGAGUCCUCGCACCGCACUGAGCCGCGCAUCACUAUUCAAGCAUCGGUGCUCAGGUUCACGCCGAGCGCAUCGGACGACCUCGCAGAGUGGUACUCGCUCAUGGUCAACCAGUCGCACGGCUGGGCGCAGGCCGGGUGGGGCGGGCACAUCGUCGGCCCAACCCUGGUCCACGUGAACCCGCUACUGAACCAUACAGCCGCACAGGCGUCCAUGAAGCCUGCAGUGGACUUCGUGACCGCGCGCAACGGCUCCGUCGUCGUCGAGGAGCUGCCGUCCUGGCUCGCGUUCUUCAACAAGUACGUGACCAUGGCGCAGGCGGCGGUGGGUCCGGAGCUCGAGCUGGGCACGCGGCUGAUCCCGACGAGCGUGUUCACGAGCGAGGCGGGCCGCGCGGCGCUCAUCGCGCUCAUCAAGGAGAACCUGCCCAUCGCGAGCCCGUACAUCGUCGCGGGGACGCCGUUCAACUUCAAGGCGGAGACGAACGCGACGAGCGUUACGCCCGCCUGGCGCAACUCGGUCUGGCAUCUGUCGAUCAAGGCACAGUUUGAGUACAACACGACGCUGGCGGAGCGCAAGACACUGUACAACGGCCUUGAGACGCGCCUGCAGAAGUUCCGUGACCUCACGCCCGGGAGCGGCGCGUACUUCAACGAGGGCGACGUGUAUGAGCCCGACCACGAGACGUCGUACUGGGGCGCGAACUACCCGAAGCUCCUCGCGGUUAAGCGUAAAUACGAUCCGGAGGGUCUUUUGGACUGCUGGCAGUGUGUGGGCUGGAAGGGCGCAUCCGACCCUUUGUACCAGUGCUACGUCAGUUUGUGAUCGCCUGGAAGUGCAAGCCGAGCAGGGAACGCGCUACCAUAAUACAUACCAUAAUGCAGGGCUCUAAGAGUACGCAUGGGUGACAGCGCAGUAACAACUCAUCGUGGAGAGUGUCAUGCAAGUACUAAUGUUCGUCGAUAUGUACGCGCUGCCAGUGGGCCUAGUAAUGC